AUGCGAUCUAAUACCAGGCAAUUAUUUCAUUACAUAAAACCUAAUCUGCAUUAUUUCAUCUUAACGAUUCUCCUUGUUGGCAGAGGCUUGAGUAACAUAAUCGAUUGUGGUGCAGAGCACAACUUCACCGCUAAGCUAUUAGUUACUAUAUUCAUAGUUUUAGCCAUUUCUCGCAGUGCAUUUAUUAAAUUGUAUUUCAUUGGGAUUGGCAGUGAGAAAGUUACUGCAAGAAUA